ACGUGUCGGCGGAGCGCGAGCGGCCGGGGCGGCCGCCACAACAACAACAACAUCAACAUCCUCCUCCUCCUCCUCCUCGACACCAACGCCAACCAGCCCCCCCCGGGAAGGCGGCGGCCGGCGCAGGGCGGCCCGCUGGCCCCCCUCCCGCCCCUCUGAGCGCCCGCAGCCCCGCGGGAGGGCAGGGCGGAGGGCGGGGGGGCGGAGGCCCGGCCAGGCCCGGCCCGGCCCGGCCCGGCCCGCCAGGCCGGCUGAGGCGACCGAAGGUUCCCCCCCCGCCCCGCCAGCGCCGCAGGCCCAGGUUUUACCAAGGGACAGUACAUCUAACACUUAACUUGGAUCAUCUCUUGUUCAUCAGCUUGAGAAUCAUAACAGCCCCCAAAACUGACAUUUGAUCUGAAAAGGAAAAACCAAACAAAACAAAAAACCAAACAGUGACAAAUGGACAAUAUGUCUAUUACUAACACACCAACAAGUAAUGAUGCUUGUCUGAGCAUUGUUCACAGCUUGAUGUGCCAUCGUCAAGGUGGAGAGAGUGAAACUUUUGCCAAACGCGCAAUUGAAAGUUUAGUUAAAAAGCUAAAGGAGAAAAAAGAUGAAUUGGAUUCUUUGAUUACAGCUAUAACCACAAAUGGAGCUCAUCCUAGCAAGUGUGUUACAAUACAGAGAACGCUGGAUGGGAGGCUUCAGGUGGCUGGUCGCAAGGGAUUCCCUCAUGUGAUUUACGCUCGGCUUUGGAGGUGGCCUGAUCUUCAUAAAAAUGAACUCAAGCAUGUUAAAUAUUGUCAGUAUGCUUUUGACUUAAAAUGUGACAGUGUCUGUGUAAACCCUUACCAUUAUGAGCGUGUAGUAUCACCUGGCAUUGAUCUCUCAGGACUGACACUACAGAGUUCUGCUCCAUCGAGCAUGUUGGUGAAGGACGAAUACGUUCAUGACUACGAGGGGCAGCCAUCCUUGUCUUCUGCUGAAGGCCAUUCAGUCCAAACCAUCCAGCACCCACCAAGUAACAGGGCAUCUACAGAGCCUUAUAGCACCCCAGCCAUGUUAGCUCCCACUGAGGCUAGCACUACCAGCACCACUAAUUUCCCCAACAUUCCUGUGGCUUCAACAAGUCAACCUACCAGUAUAUUGACAGGUAGCCAUAGUGAUGGACUCUUACAGAUUGCUUCAGGGCCUCAGCCAGGAGCUCAGCAGAAUGGGUUUACAGCUCAGCCAGCCACUUACCAUCACAAUAGCACCACAACUUGGACUGGAAGUCGGACGGCGGCCUACACACCCACCAUACCUCACCACCAGAAUGGCCAUCUUCAGCAUCACCCACCCAUGCACCCUGGGCAUUACUGGCCAGUUCACAAUGAGCUUGCAUUCCAGCCUCCUAUAUCAAACCAUCCUGCUCCAGAAUACUGGUGUUCAAUUGCAUAUUUUGAAAUGGACGUGCAAGUUGGGGAGACAUUCAAGGUCCCUUCCAGCUGUCCCAUUGUCACCGUUGAUGGAUACGUGGAUCCUUCCGGAGGAGACCGGUUUUGCCUGGGCCAGCUUUCCAAUGUCCACAGGACAGAAGCCAUCGAGAGGGCAAGGUUGCACAUAGGCAAAGGGGUGCAGCUGGAGUGCAAAGGAGAAGGGGAUGUGUGGGUGAGAUGCCUCAGUGACCAUGCAGUCUUUGUCCAGAGCUACUACCUGGAUCGAGAGGCAGGACGUGCUCCAGGGGAUGCUGUUCACAAGAUCUACCCAAGUGCAUACAUCAAGGUGUUUGAUUUACGCCAGUGUCACCGUCAGAUGCAGCAACAAGCAGCCACUGCCCAAGCUGCUGCUGCUGCCCAAGCUGCUGCAGUAGCUGGAAACAUCCCUGGACCAGGAUCAGUAGGUGGAAUAGCCCCAGCCAUUAGUUUGUCAGCUGCUGCUGGGAUCGGUGUGGAUGAUCUUCGCCGCUUGUGCAUCCUCAGGAUGAGUUUUGUAAAAGGUUGGGGACCUGAUUACCCGAGACAGAGCAUCAAAGAGACCCCCUGCUGGAUUGAAAUCCACCUACACCGGGCCCUCCAGCUGCUAGAUGAAGUACUUCACACCAUGCCCAUUGCAGACCCACAACCUUUAGACUGAGAUCCCCCCGGGCUUUGGGAGAUGGGGGAGGCUGGUGGAUUGUAAAAUAGAAUUCUGUUUAUAACCUGAAGAGAUAUUUUACUUUUGUUUCUUGUUUUGUUUUUUUUGUUGGUUUUUUUUCCUGCUUUAAUCUUCUCCAACCAGGUUUUAAAAAUGUGUUUGCCUCCUUGCUCUUAGCAGAAAGAAACUGAACAGGCAGAAUUUGGAUUUCAGUUCUUCUCAGAAGUGUAAUGGUCAGAAAUACAUGGCUCAGGGCUUAAAAGUGAAAGGUAAGGGCCUCGUAGAGACUUGACAGUAUUGGGUUUGUUCCCUUUUUCCUUCUCUAGCAUGGCAUCUUGGUGAUAAGCCUCACAGGAGCCUUUUGUAUGCAGAAAUAUAUAUUAUAUAUAUAUUUAUAUCUGAAAUUUUCCUUCUCAUAGUUAAGAAACAUUUACCUUGUAGCGACUUGAAAAAUUCCAACAGAUUUGUGAUGUUCUUUUUUAGGGAACAACAGUUGUCUGAAGACUCCUUGAUUUUUGUUGACUAUCUCAUGAUGAUUUUUAGUUUUUUCCAGGUGAAAAGGUAGAAGCUGAGGUGGAGGUUGGGAAUGAUUCAAAACAGCAAGGAAAAGAAGCCUGGCUUUUCCUUCCCUAGUUUUUAAAAAGAAAAGAUCCUUAGCUUUUUAUUUCCAUAGACAAGUUUUUAAAACACUAAAGGAAAAUGGAUUCUUUCAGUGCUGGCACUCAGAUUGAAAACAGGACAUGAAAGACCCAGGCUGCAAAGUUGCCACUGAAAUUGUGCAGGAAGAACCUGAUGGCAGGAACAUAUUUUUCAUACCCACUCCUGACUUGUCACCCGAGCAAAAGCUUCAUGACUCUUUUUGCCCAUAGCAUGAGAUCAUGGGAGAACAUGAUGCCACCCAGAUUUAGGAUCCAGUUGGUUUUGGGGUUGGUUUUUUUUUCCUUUGGCUCUCUGUUCACCAUUUCCACUCAGGGCAAGAUGGCAAACUUGUUUUUAUACCUCUUGGUUAUUUGAAGCCCUCUGCCAUCAAGGACCUGAUCAAUUGGCAAUGACUUUGUCUAGAGAAUUGAUAAGUAGGAAGAAGGAAAAUAUUGCAGAUGUAUUGACUGUAUGACAGAUACAAUAUGUAUGCUUUUCUCUCUAGUGACUAGUAUCAAUAAAAGGAUGGAAACCUGGAUUUUCCUAAAUUUA